AGCAUCAAAAUGAAAAUACCACCUUUCCAAGGUAGAACUGACCCUGAGGUUUAUCUAGAGUGGGACAAAAAAAUAGAGUUGGUGUUUGAUUGCCAUAAUUACUCUGAGGAGAAGAAAGUGAAGUUGGCGGUAAUUGAAUUCACUGAUUAUGCUAUUAUUUGGUGGGAUCAAUUAGUGACCAAUAGGAGGAGGAAUUAUGAGAGGCCUAUAGAGACAUGGGGAGAGUUGAAAGCUCUUAUGAGGCGGAGAUUUGUUCCUAGCCAUUACUAUAGAGACCUUUACCAGAAAUUACAAAAUCUUACACAGGGGUCUAGGAGUGUAGAGGAUUACCAUAAGGAGAUGGAGGUGGUGAUGAUUCGGGCUAAUGUAGAGGAGGACCGAGAGGCCACCAUGGCUAGAUUUUUGAGUGGGUUAAAUAGGGACAUAGCCAAUGUAAUUGAAUUACAACAUUAUGUGGAGAUAGAGGACAUGGUGCACAUGGCUAUGAAGGUGGAGAGACAAUUAAAGAGAAAAGGGACAGCAAGGUACACUUCGGUUUCUAGCACUACUUGGAAAUCAAAAUGGGAUAGGAAUGAUCCAGGUGAAGCAAAGAGAAAGACCGAACCACCUAAGGGAAAAGAUGAGGGAACUAGCAACAAACCCAAGGUAGAAUCCCAACCUUCACGGAAUAGAGAUAUCAAAUGUUUUAAGUGUUUGGGUUCAGGGCACAUUGCUUCUCAAUGUCCAAAUAGGAGGGUGAAGAUUAUGCGUGACAAUGGAGAGGUGAUGACUGAGAGUGAGGAUGAUAGUGAUGAGGUGCCCGAGUUGGAUGAUGCUAGUGAUGAUGAUGGAGUGGUAUACCCUGUGACAGGUGAGUCUCUUGUUGCCAGGCGUGCUCUUAAUGCACACAUUAAGGUGGAUGAUGCAGAGCAACAGAGAGAGAACAUUUUCCAUACUAGAUGCCAUGUCAACAAUAAGGUAUGUAGUAUGAUCAUUGAUGGAGGGAGUUGUACUAAUGUGGCUAGCACUACUUUGGUUGAGAAAUUGAAUUUACCAACCUUAAAACACUCUAGACCAUACAAAUUGCAGUGGUUGAAUGAUUGUGGAGAGGUUAGGGUGGAUAAACAAGUGUUAGUUACUUUUUCUAUUGGGAAGUAUCAGGAUGAGGUGCUUUGUGAUGUUGUGCCUAUGCAUGCGGGCCAUAUUUUGUUGGGGAGGCCAUGGCAGUAUGAUAGGAGGGAGUUUGAGGAUGUAUUCCCGGAUGAGAUGCCAAAUGAGUUGCCACCCAUUAGAGGCAUUGAGCACCAGAUUGAUUUUGUGCCCGGGGCUGCUAUUCCAAACCGACCAGCCUAUAGGAGUAAUUCAGAGGAGACAAAGGAGCUUCAGAGGCAAGUUGAGGAUUUGAUGAGCAGGGGGUACGUGAGGGAGAGCAUGAGCCCUUGUGCUGUACCAGUGCUACUGGUGCCAAAGAAGGAUGGGACGUGGAGGUAUGUUGUUAGUACGAAGGGUAUUGAGGUGGAUGAAGAGAAAGUCAAGGCCAUCAAGGAGUGGCCAACGCCAAAAAGCAUCACUGAGGUAAGAAGCUUUCAUGGCUUAGCAAGCUUUUAUCGGCGUUUUGUUAAAGACUUCAGCACCAUUACUGCACCACUCACUGAGGUAAUUAAAAAGAAUGUUGGGUUUCAUUGGGCUAAUCAAGAGAAUGCUUUUGCCACUAUUAAAGAAAGGUUGUGCUCUGCACCUGUGUUAGCAUUACCUGAUUUUAACAAAGCUUUUGAGAUUGAAUGUGAUGCCUCAGGAAUUGGGAUUGGAGCCGUUUUGAUGCAAGAUAGGCGUCCCAUAGCCUUCUUCAGUGAAAAGUUAAGUGGGGCAUCCCUGAACUACCCUACUUAUGACAAAGAGCUUUACGCUCUUGUUCGUGCAUUAGAGACUUGGCAGCACUACCUAUGGCCAAGGGAAUUUGUGAUCCACACCGAUCAUGAAUCAUUGAAGCAUCUCAAGGGUCAAGGUAAGUUGAAUAAAAGGCAUGCUAGAUGGAUGGAAUACAUUGAGACAUUUCCCUAUGUCAUCCGUUACAAGCAAGAUAAGGAGAACAUUGUUGCUGAUGCUCUAUCCCGGAGGUAUCAUGAUGGUUAUUUGUUUAAAGAAAGCAAACUUUGUCUGCCAAAUUGUUCUAUGCGUGAGUUAUUGGUGCGUGAGGCACAUGGUGGGGGAUUAAUGGGACACUUUGGUGUCAAGAAAACUUUAGACAUUUUGCAUGAACAUUUCUUUUGGCCUAAGAUGAAGAGAGAUGUUAACCGUAUUUGUGGAAGGUGCAUUACAUGUAGAAAGGCCAAAUCUAAGGUUUUGCCACAUGGGUUGUAUACACCCUUACCCGUUCCUAGUGAGCCAUGGGUAGACAUAUCUAUGGACUUUGUUUUGGGGCUGCCUAGGACCAAAAGGGGUAGAGAUUCUAUUUUUGUGGUUGUGGAUAGAUUCAGUAAGAUGGCACAUUUCAUUCCAUGCCAUAAAACAGAUGAUGCAACCAACAUAACUGACUUGUUUUUCCGGGAGAUAGUGCGACUCCAUGGUGUACCUAAGAGUAUUGUUUCUGAUAGGGAUGUUAAAUUCCUUAGCUACUUUUGGAAGGUGUUGUGGGGGAAAUUGGGUACUAAGCUCUUAUUUUCCACUACUUGUCAUCCGCAGACUGAUGGUCAGACUGAAGUAGUUAAUAGGACUUUAACUCAACUUUUACGCACUGUUGUUCAUAAGAAUUUAAAAACUUGGGAGGAUUGUUUGUCAUUUAUAGAGUUUGCAUAUAAUAGGACGAUGCAUACUACUACUUCAUACUCUCCUUUCGAAAUUGUUUAUGGAUUUAAUCCACUUACUCCUUUGGAUUUGAUGCCUUUACCUGUUGAUGACAGGAAUUGGGUUUGGUUGCACUUAAGGAACGACCGUUUUCCAGAGAAGCGGCGUUCAAAACUCCUACCUCGGGGUGACGGGCCAUUUCAAGUAGUAGAACGCAUCAAUGAUAAUGCCUACAAGCUUGACUUACCAGAUGAGUAUGGUGAUGAUUUGAGGACAAAUCCUUCUCAAGAGGGGGAGAAUGAUGCAAACCAAGGAGCUGGACAUGCUGAUCAUACAAGUGGGAAUGGAGCUGAAUUUCCCCGUCCGGCCUCCAAAGCUCAAGGUUUUAGGCCCCCCAGGGGUUUCCGCCCAUGUUUUAAGAUUCCUACUCAGAGGACUCUCGUGAAUCCUUUGCGUCCACCUCCAUCGGGUGCCCUUCGUAGGGGGGAGAGCAGUUCCCACCGAGCCAAGCAGAGCAGGUCUCACCGAGCAGCUCCAACAACCAGUUCCUUUCCUUCUCGUCGACCGGCUGGUUUUGAUGCUCUUCUAUCUUCAUCUUCUAGGGCAACUAUGGAGGCUACCUCUCUCAGAGUUGUGGAGCCAACCCCUCCGGUCAUUGUGGAACCAUCCUCCAAGGAGGUUAUGGAACCUUCCCCUCUGGACAGCGGAGCUGUCCUCCAAGGAGGUCGUGGAGCCUACUCCUCUGGAUAUUGUGGAACCGCCCUCCAAGGAAGUCGUGAAGCCAGCCUUCUUGGAUGUCCCGACCUCCUGGUGAUCUUGGAGCCCACCCCUCCCACUAGGCCCGAGAUGGGUAUGCCGGCCGUCACUCUGGUGAAUCCUUCUCCAGUCUCCGAGCCGAUCCUCCCAAAUGCUCCCGAAGUGAUCUUUCCCCUGGUGAUCCUCCAACUACAUUCCCACUCGUAUGAUCAGCAUGUCCGGCUCCUUGCCAAGAGGCGAACUACUUCUUCGUCGAUGGCUGCAUAUUUCUCUAAAUUGAAACUACGGUGGCUGUGUUCAAUCACUGAUACAUCGAUUCCGGGCAAUUCAUCAUGA